UUGUUUAUGAAAAUGUGUGCUUUGAAUGCUAAAACGUUGAUAACAAUAUGGCUGAGUACAAUUUAUUGGAGAAAAAUAUACACGAUACAUUUGCUGUGACAUUUGAUGUCUAUACUCCAAGACCUCAUUAUAUAAUUUUACCUCAGAAGAAGGAAACUGUCCAUCCAGAAUUUAGUCUUAUAACAGAUGAGCAGACGCAGAAAGUAAUCAAAACGGCAAAAUCUGCUUUGGAAUGUUUUAAUAUAAAUGGUGGAGUUCUAUCCAUACACCGCGGAUCGUGGAGAACUACAAGAGAUAAAUUUCAUGCUCACGUUUGCGUAGACGUCGAUAGUUAUUUACGAGUAUAUGAAAGUAGAAAGAAACUCAUUCCUAACUGGCCAAGUCGUGAGUAUGUUACCAAACAAUGGAGACACAGCAAAAAUCCACGUUCUUACGCAGAUAAUGUGCGAGGAUAUCCUUAUCGAAGCUAUUUGGAUGAUGAAGUGGCUAGCAUUCGAACAAUUAGAAAACGACCAACUCGCAAGGAAAACAUCGCCGAAAACGCCGAACUUGACGAGACGUUUUCAUCUGAGGACUGUGCUAAAAAGAUAGUGUACCACUCAAGACAUCCAAAGAUUGGUUUUGUAUGCAAAAAGCUAACGUCCAUUGAAGAUCAUCAGAAUCUGCUGUCGGCAAUGGAAAAGUUUGCCCAAGGUCGCAAUUUGACCAGUUCAAAUUCUAAGGACGAAAAUGAAGGUUGUCACAUUUGCUUGUACUUUGGAUCAGCUGAAAGUGAUGAAUGGAAUUUUAGCGGAGAAGAUGACGAAAAUGUCCGAGGACACAUUGUUACUACGGGAUUUCGUUUUUAUCAACAGUGUCCAUCAAACAGUCGGGACGAUUGGUUUCACGCUUUUAGGCAAUCUGGUUUUAAGUGUACGACUUAAAACAUGGAGAAAAUAAUAAGAACAAAGAUACUAGCAUUUCUAUUCACAUAGAUGCAUUGGCCAAGUAUAGUAGAUGUGGAAUAAAUACAUUUAAGCUGCAAUAAGACAUUUACUUAAGCUAUUAUUAUACAUACCAUUAGUCUUAAACUGUCAAUAAAUUUUAUUUAGUGCAAAAUGAAGCAACACAGAUGACUCAGCUGUCUGGGAAAAUAAUUAGAACCAAAAUUGUACACAUUAGUGAUGUUUUUCAUAAUUAAAUGAUCUGUGUAAAGCAA